GUGUAAGAUACCACGAAGGCAGGCUCAAUCAAGUUCUCUAAGUCAGUGUAAGCUAGUUCCUCGCAAUUGUUUUUCAGCUGCUUCCGGGGAAAAUAAGUCAAUGACAAAAUAAAAGAUAGAUUGAACACACGGUGGAUCUGGUGGUGCCAGGAUACUGGGGCCUCAGAUUAGUUACGUACCUCCUCUGAUUGGCUCCAGUUGCUGGGCCGGGGCAUUCCGGAAGCCGAUUUCGCGCCUCGAUUCCAAGGCACACACAGCCUUUCGAAAGGCGAAAGCUUUCUGAGCCGAAACCUCAUCGAAAGAUUUCAUCAAACACCUCAUAUCACUCCCCAUCCUCCACAACUCCGCCAUGGCGUCCCGGAGACUAGCUUUGAACCUCUCGCAGGGGCUGCGAAGCCGGGCUGCUCUUUCCAGAGCGAGCCCAAUUACCCGGGGCUUCGCCACGCCUUCCAACACCCCCUUCGGCAAGACUCAGACGACAACAUUGAAGAAUGGACUGACGGUCGCCACCGACUACUCGCCCUUCGCCCAGACUUCGACCGUCGGCGUGUGGAUUGACGCCGGCUCAAGGGCUGAGACCGACGAGACCAAUGGCACCGCACACUUCCUCGAGCACCUUGCCUUCAAGGGCACCACAAACCGGACGCAGCAGCAGCUCGAGCUCGAGAUCGAGAACAUGGGUGGUCACUUGAACGCCUACACCUCGCGCGAAAACACCGUCUACUUCGCCAAGGCCUUCAACUCCGACGUUCCCCAGACCGUCGACAUUCUUGCCGACAUUCUCCAAAACUCCAAGCUCGAGGAGUCCGCCAUCGAGCGUGAGCGCGAUGUCAUUCUCCGCGAGUCCGAGGAGGUCGAGAAGCAGAUGGAGGAGGUCGUCUUUGACCACCUUCACGCUACCGCCUUCCAGCACCAGCCCCUUGGCCGCACCAUCCUUGGUCCCCGCGAGAACAUCCGUGACAUCACCCGCACCGAGCUCACCAACUACAUCAAGAACAACUACACUGCCGACCGCAUGGUUCUUGUUGGCGCUGGUGGUAUCCCCCACGAGAAGCUCGUUGAGCUCGCCGAGAAGAACUUCAGCGGCCUCCCGACUUCCGGCCCCCAGACCUCGGCCUACCUCCUGUCCAAGCAGAAGGCCGACUUCAUCGGAUCUGAUGUCCGUGUCCGUGACGACAACAUCCCCACCGCCAACAUCGCCAUUGCCGUUGAGGGUGUCAGCUGGAACGACGACGACUACUACACCGCCCUCGUCGCCCAGGCCAUUGUCGGCAACUACGACAAGGCUAUCGGUAACGCCGCUCACCAGGGCAGCAAGCUCAGCGGUUUCGUUCACAAGCACGAUAUUGCCAACAGCUUCAUGAGCUUCUCCACCAGCUACAGCGACACUGGUCUCUGGGGUAUCUACCUCGUCACCGACAAGCACGACCGCAUCGACGAUCUCGUCUACUUCGCCCAGCGCGAGUGGAUGCGCCUUGCCCGCAACGUCAGUGAGGCCGAGACCGAGCGCGCCAAGGCUCAGCUCAAGGCCUCCAUUCUCCUCUCCCUUGACGGCACCACCGCCAUUGCUGAGGACAUUGGUCGCCAGCUCGUCACCACCGGCCGCCGCGCCAGCCCCGCCGAGAUUGAGCGCACCAUCGACGCCAUCACCGAGAAGGACGUUAUGGACUUUGCCAGCAGGAAGCUUUGGGAUCAGGACAUUGCCAUCUCCGCCGUCGGAAGCAUCGAGGGUCUCUUUGACUACUCCAGACUCAGGGCCACGAUGAAGCCCAAGUACUAAAUGUGUGGUUUUUGGCGAUUUCCGGGGAGAUUAGGGUAUAGAGUGUAUGAGAUACCGUUACAGGCAGGCUAGUGUAUCAUAAAGACUUCCCUUGUUCAUAUGUCUGUGACAACCGCAAGCUUAGCACCUUGACGACCUAAUUUUACUAUGUACUUUUGUAAGCAUCUACCAUGUUUGGUUCAAAUCUGGAC